CAACUCCCGUGUUUCCGUGCGCGCCGAGCAUGGCCGCGAGUGCUGGAGCAGCGCAUUCAAAUUAGAGAGCUGGAGAGCUGUCCUUUACCAUGGGGCUAAAAGGAGCCCAAAAGGCACUGUUCCCCUUGCGCUCAGUGUCAGAUGUGGUGCGCCUUUUUGAACUGGAGCUUCGCCGGGAGCAGCCGGACCUUGUGCUUCUCUCCUUAGUCCUGGGCUUUGUGGAACACUUCUUGGCUGUCAACCGUGUCUUGCCCACCAAUGUCCCGGGCAUCAGUUUUGAGCCAGCCCAGGGACCUGACAGCUUGACUUACUUUCCGGUGGCUGACCUGAGCAUUGUUGGCGCUCUACAUGCCCGUUUCACAGCUCAAAUCCGCGGGGCUGUUGAUCUCUCGCUCUAUCCUCGUCCUGAUGGCUACUCCUCCCGGGAGCUGGUCAAGAAAGUCUCGGAUGUCAUCUGGAACAGCCUGAGUCGCUCCUACUUCAAGGACCGAGCACACAUUCAGUCCCUGUUCAGCUUCAUUACAGGCACCAAACUAGACAGCUCAGGAGUGGCAUUUGCAGUUGUGGGGGCCUGCCAGGCACUGGGCUUGCUGGACGUGCACCUGGCGCUCUCCGAGGACCACGCUUGGGUAGUGUUUGGCAAGGAUGGUGAGCAGACGGCAGAGGUGACGUGGCAUGGCAAGGGCAACGAGGACCGGCGUGGGCAGACAGUGAACUCUGGCGUGGCAGAGCGGAGCUGGCUUUACCUGAAAGGCUCCUACUUGCGUUGCACUCGCCAGAUGGAGGUGGCGUUCAUGGUGUGCGCCAUCAACCCAUCCAUUGAUCUGCACACAGACAGCCUUGAACUGCUGCAGCUGCAACAGAAGUUGCUAUGGGUUCUCUCUGAUCUGGGCCAUCUGGAGAGGUACCCAAUGGCUCUGGGGAACCUGGCUGACCUGGAGGAGCUUGAACCCACCCAUGGCCGACCUGACCCGCUCUAUAUCUACCAUAAGGGUAUCAACUCUGCUAAGCAGUACUACAACAAUGAACACAUUUACCCGUACAUGUACCUUGCGGGCUACCACUGCCGUAACAAAAAUGUCAAGGAGGCACUGGAGGCCUGGGCCGACUCAGCCACUGUGAUCCAAGAUUAUAAUUACUGCCGGGAGGAUGAAGAAAUCUACAAGGAAUUCUUUGAUGUGGCCAAUGAUGUAAUUCCUAAUUUGCUAAAAGAGGUGGCCAGCCUUGCUGACUUGGCGGAGGAGAAGGGGAGUGGUGAGAGAGGAGAGUUGUCUCCAUCCCAGGCAGGCGGCUCAGCACUGCAGGACCCAGAGUGUUUUGCCCACCUCCUGCGUUUCUACGAUGGAAUCUGCAAAUGGGAAGAGGGCAGCCCCACGCCUGUCCUCCACGUGGGCUGGGCCACUUUCCUGGUGCAAUCCCUGAGCCGUUUUGAAGGGACGGUGCGGCAGAAAGUGACCCUGGUGAGCCGAGAGGUGGACACCAACGACGACGAUGACCAAGGCAGUGAGGACCCACGAGAGGGGCGACGCCGUGGUCCCCGCCGUGAGUCCAAGCCCGAGGAGCCCCCCCUGCCCAAGAAGGUGACCGAGCGCCGACGCCCAAGCUCAGGCCAACGUGCAGACAGGCCUGCUCUGGAGAAGGAGGAGGGGCCCAGUAGUGGCCCUAGCCCACCCCCUGAAGGGCCCAUCCUCACAUUCCAGAGCGAAAAGAUGAAGGGCAUGAAGGAGCUGCUGGUGGCAGCUAAGAUUAACUCCAGUGCGAUUAAGCUGCAGCUCACGGCUCAGUCCCAGGUACAACUGAAGAAGCAGAAAGCCUCGGCCCCCCGUGACUACACCCUUUCCUUCCUCAAGCGGCCCCGGAAGUCCCUCUGAACCAACCAGGGGGCUGCUUGUGGAGCCCACGAGGGUCCCGUGACUCUGUGUCAUUUCUCCAAGUACCAACAUGUCGCCUGCUGUGCCUAAUGGGGAGUGUGGAAAGUGAGGCAGGGGUUGAAAAUCCUCCUGAGUAGCCCUCCGGCCCUCCCAGGGACAGAUAGACGCUUCUCUUCCCACAACAGGAUCCCAGAGAGGCAGCAGAAUUCGGUUGCACUCCGUGCAUGGAUCUCUGGAUGUACGGGGGUGCCUGAUAUGCCUAGUAUUGUCAUCUGACAAUACUACUGUUCUUUCACUACUGUUCUUUCCUCCGAAUAGAAAUGCCGUUCUCAAAUAGGUGUUCAAAUCCUAUCAGAGCCUUGAGACACUUGUCGACAAGAAAGCUUCGGAGAAAGAAGUGGGUGUGCAAAGAUGAAAUACCGCUAAGCCGAGGGAUGGGGUGGGGGUCAUUGCCCUUGCUGCCUCUACUAUCAUACUUGCAAUAAGGGGAGGGGGGGAAGGAUUUGUACUGCUGAUAUAUGGAUUUUGUAAAAAGGUUAAUAAAACGAGGGGCAUUUUUUUUUAAAGUGGUCUUUUCUAGAAUUUUUUUUUAUCACUACAGCUUCCGGUACCUGAAUAUUUUUUUGGAAAGCUGUUGUAACCAUGCUGAGGCAAUGCUAUGAAGACCAGUUUAGAGAUGGGCAUAUUCAGCCAUGUAGGAAAAAUGUCUCGUAGUCCUCAGUCUCUCUCCUUCACUGGUACGCUGCCUCUGUUAGCUGAUGUAUCAGCUCCAACCGCACUGGAUGUAUAUGAUUGGCAACAUCUCU